AAUAUAUUUAGAAAUCAUUGUAUUUAUUGGCUAUUAUUAGUUUUCUAAUUAAUCCUAGCCUUUGUAUAUAAAUUAGAAUGCCUGUAAAUCAUUUUAGUAUGAAGAAAUAUAAAAGAAAAUUUUCCAAAUUCUCUGUUUUCUACACUAUUGCUCCCCCUGGUACACGAAACUUUGGCCUUUAUGUUUCAGUGCCAUUUCAUCUCUUAGCAUUUUGCUGUUUUUCCUAAAGGAAAGAGAAGGGGAACUAGCAGUAACAAAUUGCUUGUGAAACUCGAUUUCUGCAUUCGCUCUUGGUGUUUGCUAACUCAUGGUAAUGUCAUAAAAAUUGAACACAUAUUCUUACUCUAUUGGCAGUCAGCCCCAGGCAAGCAUAGUUAAUCAAGGCAGAGAUAGAUAAUUAUUCCAGUUUUAACUGCCUUCCAUUAAAUUUAAUCUACGGAAGACAUUCCAGACUAUUUUGUUAUGUUUUAUGUAUUAACCAAAAGACAUUGAAUGCUCUAUUGGGUGGUCAGUUUUUCACAUCCAAUUAGAUUUAUGGAUCUUUAAUUCAGUUUUGUUGAGUUAUAUUAAUAUCAUAAUCAGCAUAGUAGUCAAAUAAAGGAGCUUUCUUUUCUUAGGAAGUCCAAUUUUCAUAUGGAUUUGGAGCAAGAUAUAGCAUUGCUUUUUGUUCUAUAAAUAGCCUUGCUUAUAUAGCAUUGUUAGAAAGUAUUUGCAGUCAAUAAUAUUCCAGCAAUUUAUGCUUUUGUUUUUGAGUUGUUCUAACCCUAUAAAGUACAAGUCUAGUGAGUCCAUCCUACUAGUGUCAGAUUAGUGCUCUGAAGAUAAUAGGAUCUGCCAAGUUAUUUUAAUCCCUAGUUCUUGAGUUCUACUUUAGCCCUAAAAUAAGUAUCUUAAUUCAUUCUACAUCUCUUUAAGUAGUUAAAUGUUCUAUGGCAUGCGAAAGCAAUGUAGAAGCCUUGAGGUAUCAUCAAUCAAAGAUGUGCAAACAAAGAACCUAGGGGCGAUGUUAUGAAGUGAAAAAUAAUAGCAGUAAAUGUAGAAAUGCUUAGACAGUUUUUAGUUAGCAUAUGUUGUCCAGUGGCUGCUAAAUGAGCAAGUUAAGUUAGUUAUCUAUGCUCAAGUUGGUUAGUAGAUGCUAAAGCAAGUAUACAUAAUUCUAAAUGGGGGGAAAAAGACAAAAAGAAUUGGCCAUAAUUGAUACUUGACCUAAAGUUUUGGAAUUUUUGAAUUUUGACCCUUUCCUUUGUAUUUUAUCAUCGCUGUGGCCAAUAUCAUUUCUUCAGCAAUAUUAUCAGCAGACUGACCAUUGCAUAUAUGGGAUUUAAUCUCAUAUAACAUUUUAUGGAAUGGUUCUGUAAUUGUAGGGAAGCAUGUGAUAAAUUUGUUUGUUCAGUACACACCCCACAGUCCCUCAGAUGGAAGCUGGGAAGAUCCUGCUUAUAGAGUGAGUUCAAUUACGGAAAUUUUAGCUUGUUAAUUUUAAAGAUUGGUUGUUGUGGUGAAUACCGAGAAUUACUAUUGGUUCUACUUCUAUCUUCCUUUUAUGUGGCUUAUUAACUGUCCACUGCUCCACCCAAAAACCACUCUAUCUUUGCCUUCUUUGUUUUUUGUUACAUUUCAUAUGUGAUAUACAUGUGACGCAUAGGGCUGAAACAUGAGAGUUUCAUGGAAUUGCUUGUGCUAAUCUUCUUUCUAUGCUCAAGAACUCUAGCAAAUGUUCUGUUUUGCAGGAUCAUUUUCACAAAAAUGUUUCAAUUUGGUGGAGGAAUAUGUCCCUGGCUUCACAGCUCAUCAAUCAUUGGUUAUGACUUGUUGACACCACCAGACCUUGAAAGGGAAAUUGGUCUGACAGGGGGAAAUAUAUUUCAUGGUGCUAUGAAAUUGGAUUCUCUCUUCCUUAUGCGACCUGUUGAAGGAUGGUCAAACUAUAGGACACCGCUCCGAGGGCUGUACCUGUGCAGAAGUGGAAGCCAUCCGGGCGGUGGUAUGAUGAAUGCACCUGGACGUAAUGCUGAAUUCGUAGUUCUGCAGGAUGUUAAAAAACAUUAAAUUUAAGUACACAAAUUUGAAGCUCUAUAGUUUCUCAGAUUUCCAUUUCAUGUUUUUCGAGUACUGUGUUAUGAUGAACUAUUUGGGAAGACUUACCCCUCCAA